AUUGGUAUAUUUCACCAAAAAUACACAAAACAAGCGAAGAACUGUCAGAAUUUAGUAACGAUUAACAUCACUGUUAUCAUUUUUAUUUCAGAUAGGUGUCAUUCUGGUAAUUACAGUUGAAAAUGGAACAAACGGGAAGGAAAGAAGACGUACCUGAUACUCAAAAAGGUGAGGAUUUAGAAGAACCUCCAAGGAAGCGCUUUACUGAUGAUACGCAGUCUAAUUCAGGGCCCGAUAAUGUUCAUCGAGAGGGUAAACAAGCCGAGAAAUAUAGAAGUGCCUUCUAUCACGAGAGCAUGACAGUUGAUCCAUGGAAGAAUCUUAAGCCAAUUUCUUUCCAAGAAGCAGACUGUAUUCGAAGAUCCCGUUUCCCUCCUCGACAAUAA